GUAUCGAACGUGAGUUGCGCGGCGCUGCCUGCCGCCGCGGCGCCGGCUGUAUAAAUGCGCGGCGCCGGCGGCCGCGCUCAGUAUGUGUCAUGCUCUGCGAGCGCGCGCGUCGUGCGUGAUGGCGGCUCGAGUGCGGUUGAAGAUCCGCCGCGGCACCGGCGUGUCGUCGCUCGCCGUUCUGCUCGCGGUGUGCGCUGUGUUGGCUCCUGCCAGUGGGAUGUUCGAGCACCGGCACUGCGAUCACCAGCAUCCACGGGCGCACGAGGUACGUUAUCUUCAUAGCACUCUCGCCAAUGGUUACUCUUUAAUGAUAUUCUGGGAACAUGUCGGUUGCGUCGAUUGAUGUCGAUAAUUCACGGCGUACACAUCGAGCCAGCGCACGAAGUAAAGAAACGUAGCAUCAGUCAGCCAGUGCGCAUUCUGCUAUCUUACGACGAGAGCGUCUUCAGGUUGGACGACGAGAAGCUGGAUCUCAUUAACAAUACCAUUUUACCCGAGGCUGUGCACUUUUGGGAACGAGCAUUGAUGGUGCGAGAGACAAAAAGUACCAUUAGAUUGAACAGGAAAUGCGAGAGUAGUCAAGUUUUCGUCAAGGACCACCACACACACUGUAUAGAUACUUGCCGUCCUGUUACUAUGUGCGGUGAAGUACGCGUCCCGGAGGACCAUCUUGACGUUUGCAGAACAUGCAAUGCGACGGGACACAAUUGCGGAAUAGCUGAAGGGAGUAAAGCUGGUCCGGGAAUCGAUGGUGCCGAUUUUGUCUUUUAUGUAUCCGCUAUGCAGACCGAGAGAUGUCACAAAGGCUUAACAGUAGCCUAUGCUGCUCAUUGUCAACAAGAAGCAGCCUUGGAUCGGCCGAUAGCUGGUCAUGCCAACCUAUGCCCGGGAAGCAUCAGCACGAAACCACAGGAGUUGGAAACGUUGCUCAGCACCGUUAAACACGAGAUCCUGCACGCUUUAGGAUUUUCUGUGAGCUUAUACGCUUUCUACAGAGACGAGAACGGUGAGCCCAGGACGCCUAGAAGAAGCGAUACUGGAAAACCAUCCCUUAAUGAAAAGUUACAAACGCACCAGUGGAGCGAGAAUACGAUCAAAACCGUGGUCAGGCCUCGCUGGCAAGUGCACGGCGGUUACGUGGAGAGGACUAUACAAAUGAUAGUCACGCCUCGAGUCCGUGCCGAGGUUCAAGCGCACUUCAAUUGCCCGGAACUCGAGGGUGCGGAAUUGGAAGACCAGGGUGAGGAUGGCACAGCCCUAACACAUUGGGAGAAACGCGUAUUUGAGAACGAAGCCAUGACAGGAACGCACACGCAGAAUCCAGUUUACUCGAGGAUAACGCUUGCUCUUAUGGAAGAUACCGGUUGGUACAGCGCCAACUAUUCGAUGGCACAAGAGCUAGGUUGGGGGAAAAAUCUGGGAUGCAAUUUUGCUAUGAAAUCCUGCAAGGAAUGGAUAUCAACCAAAUCAUCUCCGUUGUCAGGAAAGUCGAUACAUCCUUUUUGCAACAAAGUGAAACAGGAUCCAUUGCAGACCGAAUGUACGGACGAUCGGAGUUCAGUAGCCUUGUGUAACCUGGUGAAACAUUCGCAACCACUACCCAAGAAAUAUCAAAACUUCGAUUCAAUUCCCCACGUACCGCCGGGAGAGGAACAAUAUUACGGCGGUUCGGUAUCUCUAGCGGAUUACUGUCCUUACAUACAGGAAUUCACGUGGAGAGCGCGGAAUAUAGUGGUCAGGGGUUCUCACUGUCUUUACGAGGAGAAUAAUCCGCAUCCGGACAAGAAUUUCGCAUUAGAGAAGUAUGGUCCUCAUUCAAGAUGUUUUGACCACACUAAUGAUAUGUGGGAAGAGAGAACUUGCAAACAAGCGCGUCAAUGGCAGCAUUGGGGCUCCGGUUGUUACUUGUACAAGUGCGAAGCUGGGAGAUUGCACAUUAUGGUCGGCAAUUAUACGUAUACUUGUUACCAUGCUGGACAGGAGAUUAUUAUAAGAAUUAUGCAGAAUGGCUGGUUGCAUAAAGGUGCUCUAAUUUGUCCCCCCUGCCGAGAUAUUUGUCAGGCGGAAUUUAAAGCACGGGACGAGUGGUGUAAACCAGGAGACGAACAUCCACCUUCCAUAUAUUAUCACAAAGACUAUCUUCACUGUGCGUCCGCAGAUAGUUUUAGUCCAAGUAUAUCAAUGCUUAUUGCAAUGUUCUGUUUCGUCUUUAGAUGAUAAACUGUCUCUUUUAGUUAAUUAGUUUUAAAACAUUAUCUAAAUCCAGAUACAUAAAUAUCAUUUAUUGACUUAUGUAUCACGUUUAGAUAACGAUAUUUUCAAUGUGGUUCGAAAAUAUUCUAUCCUACUUUUCACUAUUGAAGAAACAUAAUGAAUAUUGGCCGAGAUGACAAUCGUAAAUAAACUCGUUAUCUACAUGAUAAAAUGUUGGCUAAAUAAUUUAAAAGAUUAAAGGAAUUAUCAAUUGGCUUUAAAUAAGUUAAAUAUGUGCGAUAAACAUAAAAAAAUUAAAUUUUGAUUUAACGAUUCGUGAUGAUAACGUGACGAGGCAUUUUUAGGUGCCAAUUUUAUAUUACAUAUGCUUCACUGAUUUGAAUUAUGUAUUUAGCUAAUUUGUUAAUUUUAUUAUUACAUAUAUGUUUCGCUACCUUUGAUUCUAACACAUGAUAUAAUUUCGUCAUUAUUUCAUGUGCGAACACUAUCUAAGCAAAGGUGAAUAAUCUUGGUCAUCGCUCAAUUUAAGACGAUGAAUAAUUAUACCGUAACUAAUAGGUAAUUGCUAAUAUUAUCCAAUAUAUGUACACACGGACUGCAACCGCUGCCGAUAUAAAAAUAAUAUAGAAUUUUAUGAAUGACGUAAAUUAGUUGUAAAAAUUAAUAAGUUUAAUAAAGAAAUGCCAUACAUUGCUGAUAAAUGAUUGUGUAAAAAUAUAUUUUGCAUGAUAUAACGACGCAAGUAAUAAUUCAUAAAAAAAGUAGAAGUAUGUAUAUAUCGGAUACGCAAGUUACAUUUACAAUUCAUACUUGCGGAACAUUAAAAAAUAGUUUUGUCAGCAAUGUAUAACGAAUUUACAAUAUGUAGCAAUUUUUUAAGCGUUAUUAUAUUAGGAGCUUAAUUAAGCUAUUGUUCAUAAAAAAAAGACCGACUUUACAUUCCAUUGAGGCUAUAAUAAGUUUAAUUUUCUUCAACAUUCUGGAUUAUUGACAACAUUAAUGAAGCCACAACAUUUCUCGCGACAUGUGUAUGAAAGUUCGUGUGAACAUAUGCACGCAAGUCAUAUCGAAUAAUAUACGAAUAAAUGUGAAAAUUAAAGUGAUUUAAAAAUAUAACAAACCAAUUUAUAAAAGAUUCUGGAUUGUUGCGAAUUUGGGUGGAUAUCAUGGAUGUCGUAAAUGUAUAAAAAAAGUCUUUGUAUAUAUAAUUAAAAAAAAAGCGAAGUUAGAUUUAUAACAUUUUGUUCAAGUGUUUUUUGAUGGAUUUUUAGUCACUGGAAAUAAAUUCGAUGGCUAAAAUUGAUUAUCAUGUUACAAUUUUGAGGAAGAUAACAUCAAAAAAUGAUGAUAUAUCACAACUAGUUCAUUGAUAAGUGAGUCAUGUACGAGCGAAAAAAGUAUUAUAACUAAUGACUCGUAUAUGUACAUGAGCCAUUUAACGUGACAGCCAUUUAACGUGACAGCCAUUUAACGUGACAGGAGUAUUGAGAAAAUUUUGUAUAAAACGAAAAUCGUUAUGAAACGUGACACAGACAUAGUAUGAGGUGAAAUAAGUGGAUUUGUGUUUAGUAGCGGAAAAUAUUUCGGAAAUAAUUAUUCGAAUUUAUUGCAAAAGAAUAAUGCUGGACAUAAUAUUAAAUAUCAAGCACACGCGAUUAAUGUCCCUUAUUUUAACUGUAUUUAAAAAACGAAGAAUUAAAUUGAAAUGGGAUAAAAUGUCCGUUAUAGUUAAAAGUUGAUACUUUUGCGUGGCAUUAACAAAUUUAAAACAAAUUUGAUAUCGGAGCUAUAAUGUCUAGAAAAUCAUAAAAAUCAUAUUUUACCUCUUUGAUGCUAUUUUUCCCAAAAUUGUGAUGUUAUAGUCAACUUCGGUCAACGGUUUUAUUUUCAAAGAACAAAAGUUUAUCCAAAAACAAUUUGUUUAUUAAGAUUUUAAAAAAGUGUUGAACCGUGUUAUUUAAAUUAUGUUCAAUGCGUACAACUUUCAUCAAAAAAAUUACUUUCAUUACACUUUCGAUUUGUAUGGUUUUGUAGAUUUAUAAUAUAUUUUAUCUACAAUAUGAUGGAAAUUUAUUAUUUAUGAUUUUUUAUGUUUAUUAUAGAUAUAUGAACGCAAUGAUUUGUGCAGAGUAGUAAAUAAAAUAUGUAAUAAUUUUAAUCUACUGAAAGAAAUGGCAAACGAUGAGAUCAGUACAUUGACUGUACAAAUAUUAUGAUCUGAGUUAUCGUCUAUAAGACAAUAGCUAAACCGUUAUGGAUACAACAAUAAAAUAUUGAGCAAUUUUUUUUGUUAUUUGUACGAAAAUGGCGAAUUUGAUAUAACAGCAUUUUUUAAAGACAUUCCAAAAGGAUUAUUCAAAUCCGUUAUGUGAAUAAAUGUGUGAUUUCAUUGUUAUAACACAUAUUCCAAUUUGAUGCAUUUGUAAGAUUGUAAUGUGUAACUACGAGAGCAUUUAUUUUAAUUUUGUAUAAAAAUGAUUAGUAUUUAACAUAUAUACUUCGUAAAAAAACUUGAAGAUAUUUCAGUAUUGCAUCAAAUAUACUGAGGUUUAUAUUCGAGAACAUUUCUCGUGAAUUCCUUCUGAUGUCAUUGCUCGACAGAAGAACGAAUUUUAAUGCGUUAACAAACGCCGAUAAAUGUUAAAUAUUGAGCGCGUCAACUAUCAAUAAGAAAAAGACGAGUACGUUUUAAUAAUUAUAUAAGGCCCAACUAUAAAAAUCGAACGUAGAUGUGUAAGUGUGUACGAGUGUGUGUGUGUGUGCGUGCGUGCGUGCGUGCGUGCGUGCGUGCGUGCGUGCGUGUGUGUGUGUGUGUGUGUGUGUGUGAGUGAGUGUGCGUGCGGCUAUCUAAAUACGUGUAUCAUAGAUUGUUUUCAAAAUUCUGAGCUGUUAGUUUGUUAGAUUUUUAUAGAAACAAUUACAAACUUAUAUAAAAGUGUUAGAAUGCAUGUUUUAGCUAUUAAUUUGUUAUUUAAUUUUUAAUAACAUAUUUUGUUAUAAUAGUUAUUACAAAAAAUAUAUUGCAAUUUGAAAAAAAUUGUAACUUCAAUAAAACUCUAUAUUACAAUUGUACAGCUCAGAAAAAUUGUAUAUGUAAUUUUAAGUCUUUUUUUUAAGUACAAACUGGAAGUUAUGUAGCAUUUGUGAAAAGAACCACUCACAUUUUAUAUGGAAAUAGUAGCUUUGAUCAAAUUGAGUGAAAUUGAAAUUUAUUUUAGUUUAGAUGAUGCUGAUCAAAAGUUUCCUUUGGCAAAAAGCGUUACAAUCAUUUAAACUAAAACAUAUUUCAAUUUCAGUCAUUUGAACCAAAGUCACUUUUUUCAUAUAAAAUGCGCGAGAUCCUUUAUAACUACUAUUUUAGAAUAUUUUAUAAUAUAAUAAAAUAUAAUAUUUUAUAUAUAUUAUGUUUUUAUUAAAUAAUUUUUAAAAAAUUUGGCACAGAUGCACAGAAUUAAUAAAAAAAAAAAAAAAUGGUAAAUUAGAAUUUUUAAAUAAUCAAUUAGAAAAUAGUAUUAGUUUUAAUUUUAUUUUAUUACAAAUUAUUGCAACAUAAACAUUGCAAUUACUUAUAGAAGGUGUCUUAUAGAAAUCAUCUUAUGAUUUAAUAUUCAUUGUAAACUUAAUAAGUAAUAUACCAUUACUUAUUAAACAUAAAACAUAUUUAAAAGUUUAAUUCUACUUUAGUAAGUAAUUGUGCCAUUAUCAAAAAUAAAUAUUCUGUAUAUUCUAUGUAUGACAAAUUAGAAAAAUAUAAUUCUCUUUAUUAUUAAACUCAUUGUUAGUUGAAAAAUUGUUAACAUCGGCAAAAAUUAUUUAAUACAAAAUUUAAUAGUUAAAUAAGACUUAACGUAUUGUAAGCUCUAAGAAUAUGUUUAAGAAGUGAGAUUAUUUUUACAGGUAUCGGAAAAUUAAUGUAACUAUAAGAAACAAUAUAUACCAAUUUACAGAUAUACUUCUGUUUAAUAACAAGAAAUAAUAACUGAUAGUUAAUAAGUUUAAAUAUUAAUACCAUUGUAUACACAGAUUUUAUUGCAAAAUUGAUGCAUUUAAUCUUCCUCUUGUGAGUUUUAUUAACAUAAACAUUGGUAAAUAUUUUCUUGUAUUCUUACAAAUUUAUAAAUGUAUGAGCUUUGGAUUUGGAUAACUUUAAAAAUAUUUGGAUUGAUACCUCAAAAAUAACUUUUCAUAAAAACGAGCUUAUAGCUGCAAUAAGGAAAAAUGUUUAACCAUAUCGUAAUAAUAUUAUCACAAAGGAGGAUUUAUGACACCAAUCUUGCAAUAUAUGGCAUUAAUUUUUCUUUAAUUUAAAAUAUGCAGACUUAUAACACAUAUUAAAAAUUAAAACAAAAUUAUCGUUUGAACACAUUUUACAUUUCAUUUUAUCUAGAUCACUUAAUGCAAAAUAUUCUUAAUCAUCGAUAAUAGAGUAUUUAAGCGAUUUAUUUGCAUCGUAGCACAUAAAAAAGUGCUCACUACCUCGGCUAUGUUAAGCAAUCUGUAUUUUAUUGCAAUCGCCACUAAAGAGGUAUAUAAGAAAUGUAAUAUGAAACUACCUAGUAUUUUGUUCUUGUGAGAAUAAGAAUUCUGUAUACAGAUUAAUAAAUAAUUAAAAAUUUAGAGUACAAA